AACAUAACCCCAUCCACCAUCGCCACAAUCGAAAGUUCUUAAGUUGGAGGUCAUGCCGCUGUUUUACAUUAUCUCGAUCGCUUCGGUGUUUUACAUACUUCCCGCUCAAGGUAGAGUUUUUAACAGGUCACAAAGCCUCGUAUUCAACGAAACAGACCAGACAGUUGUGACUUCGAUGUUUAAGAAUUUUGUUCGAAAAUUCAACAAGGCCUACUUGAAUGAUCCCGAGGAAUACAUCUGGCGUCUGUCUGUUUUCAAGGUGAGCCUUGUUACCUUUUGCUCUGAUGGAUUCAAAAGGAUAUCAAUCUUCCGUGGAAUAUAGUUUCGAUUUGUCGAAAUGUAAUAGAAGUUAUCAAUGUGAGAUCAUUCAUUCGCAGAGUAAUAUUGUACUGCGAAUGAAUUCGAUCUCAUGAAUAACUUCUGUACUCCAAAUUUUGUUCGCAUCUUUAGCAAUAAUGCUUCAGGAAUGGAAAUUAAAGAAGCAACAGAUCAUGAUUUCACAGUGGUAGAAUUUUAUUUAAUGAUAUGAAGUAUUAUAACUUACGAGAUGAAGAAUAUAUCUUGAGGUGUUAUUUCUUGGAAAUUUUUUAUCGCAAAAUUCCUCAAUAAUUUCUUCUAUGCCCAUCACGAGGUACAUGCUCAUCGGAAAGAAUGCUUGUUCGUUACGUCGAUUACCGACAGAUAGUUGUAUGAUAUUUGAUGUUUGAAACAGAAACUAAUUUCUCCUUUUAGAGACAUUUUAACUAUGAACAAUUACACUGAAAGCCCUUUAGGUUUUCAUUUUCCUCGUCAAUCACCUGUAUCUAGAAGUCAUCGGAAAGGUUGCAACAUUGUGACUUUAAAGCAUCUAGCUAAUCAAGAUGCUGUUAAGUAGUAUGAUAGGAUUUGAAAUCAAUACUUCAUUAAAUUUAUUUGAAUUGAUAUUAAUCACUUUAAACUUUUAAAUGCCUAUCAUACACUUACAUAUGUUAAAUAUCUUCACACUGUAGCAAAGCCUGGUAAGACAUGCCAAAUUUAAUGCAAGAGAGUUGGAAUUAAAUGGUACUGCUGUGUAUGGCAUAAAUCAGUUUUCUGAUUGGACACCAGAAGAAUUUAGAGGUGGGUGACUGUUUCCUAUUUUCUGAAAAAGGGCUGAUUCAAUCUCCUGUUUGUAUUCAAGCAAAUUGGCCCAUGCAGCUGAGCUUAUCAUGCAUGGUUUCCAUAGCAUAAAAUGAGUAGGAAUAUUACUAAUUCCCCCAGUAUGGGGAAUGCUAGUUUAUCACAAGGUAAUAUCCCCCAGCAUUUCAUUGGGCUUCCCAGACAAUUUACUGUAACUCGUUUGUACUUGUACUUGUAUAUUUGGAGAGAGGUUCUGUGUGAAUAAUAAAAGAACACAACACAGUGACCAGGUCAGGUCUCGCACCUGGUCUAUCAACCCAGAGUCCAACUACACUGAUUAUUAAGCAACUGCAUGUCCCACUUUACCACAUUCUGAUUGAAGUACAAAAUGAUCAGAACUUAAUUUCUCUUCUCCUUGAAUGAUUGUAUUGACAAUUCCCACUUCAUGCUGAGCAACUUGUCAGCUCCCUACAAAUUUGAGCAAUUACCAAUGACAUCUUGGUAAAGAGAAGCAUUGUAAUUAGUCCAUCAUCCUCCUCACCAAAAUUAAACUCAAUAACCUGGGCCAUAUUCAACUUUCUGUUGCAUGAAAUAAUACAUUAAACUGUUCAUACUUUGCUGAUGAGUUAUUUCGUGGGAUGUUACAGCUGUAGCUCUGUGCUGUACUGGCAGCCUUCACACUAUAUUGACUGCUGUUCCUGGUUAAUUUAUAUCAGUUAUCUUCAAAUAUCUUAGUUAGAGCCGAUAUCUCUAUUAGAAGGGGUUAAAUAUCUUGCCUUGAAAUAAGGAAGAAGAGAAAAGAAAAGAACAAAAUAUUGUUGAUCCUAAGUGACUUUUUUUUCUGUUCCUCUAUAGCUGGGUUGGUGUGUUGGUCCAUAGAUUCUUUGUUGUCGAAAGAAAAACAGAUGAGAACUUCGGUGUUGUUUAUUCCUUUUUAUAGAAUUUCUCAAAAGAGGGGUACAAGAAGAUCAUGUCUCAUUUACCAAGAAUGCCAUGACACCUUCUGGCUGUUGUACACCAAAACUGAAUUCUUCAAACACACCACCUAAUCGUGACUGGUAAGUAUGCAGAAAAAAGAUCUUGUAGGUCAGAACUGGGAAAAAACGGGGUGAACAUCCUAAUCUGGAUUUGCUAAGUCAAAAAUUGGUCUUGAGGAAAUUCAUGAGUACACUUUUGUGGAUAAACAAAAUGAUAAAUAAAUAAAACUAUUCAACAAGCUCCACUUGUUGGAAGACUGGAUAAUACUAUCCACUGGAUCUCUGUCCGUUGGAUAGUGUAGCAUUUUUUAUUACCAUUUUCAUGCCAAUAAAUAUAUUGUUUAUUCUUCAUUUAUUUAUAAAUAUGUUAUUUAUAACUUUGUUUGUUUCUGUAAGCAACAUCAUGAUGAUUUUUUUCUUCAGGAGAAAAGAUGGAAAAGUGUCAGCUGUGAAGAAUCAAGGAAAGGUGCUAUAUACUGUUAAUUUUUCACAUCAAAUUAUGAAGUCUUGAUCAAAAUUCAAUAUACUUUUUACAAUAAUUGUAAUCAUCAUAACAGUUUCAGAAAUUUUACUCUUUAGAAUCUUGAGAAAACAUAAAUAUAGCUUCAAAAGAGUAUUUGUGCAAUAAUUUAUGUUUAAUAUACAUGCACUGCAGUAUCUUCAGUAUUUUUGACAGAUUUGUGAAACUAGGUUAAAACAAAAUCUUAAAAGAAUACAGUUACAUUAUUUUCAGAUUAAUUUUAUAUUUAUGAUACCUCAUCGUCAAUGAAUGUGAUUGGCGUCAUUCAAUCCUUUUUGUUUCAUUCAGUCUAUGCUUAAAAAGUCUGUAACUGAUAAAUUGUGAUGACAGCUGUAUUGCACAUUUUAUUAUCAAAUUCUUGUAUUCAGAUGUCAUGAUCAUUUGUUCAAAUUUCCAAUUAUAUCAUUAUAAUGUUAUUGAUAAUAAUAAUAUUAUUUAUAGGAAAAGUGUUAAGAUGGCCAAAAUCAAUGAUUUGGUGAUAAAUAAAUUAUUUCUCCUAAUGACAGUUUUCUCUUUUUCAUGCCCUGUUUUUUACAUUAACUGAAUGGGAACAGUGUGGAAGUUGUUGGUGAGUAAAACUUUUUUCCAAAAAAAUGUGACUAACAGCCACAUGUAAGGAGGAACUGAAUGAAGCAAACAUUACUUUUUCACUUUGGAUUAUUUUUUUUUUAUUUGUUAAGUCUUUAAUUUUGCGCGUGUUUUUUAAUAUUUUAAAAGGUUUUUUUUAUCUUGUUUUUCCAGGGCUUUCACCGCAACUGAAUGUGUAGAGAGCCAAUGGGCAAUUCAUAAUGAACACCAGACUAUAAAAGACCUCAGUGUCCAGGAACUGAUUUCAUGUUCUCCUUCUCAAGGAUGUUCAGGUGGAAAUACCCUUUCAGCUCUUGAAUGGUUACAAACAAAGGUAAGUGGUGACAAUGAGGACAUUAACCCCUUACACCCUAACAUCAGUAUGCUUAUGCUAUAAAUAUAUUUUUAUAUAUUUGUUAUGGUAUUUACAAGAAGAAUUUGUUUGACAGUCAAGAGCCGUUUUAGUUAGUGAUCAUUUCCUUUAUUCUCAUGACCAUAAUGUCUGAUUCAACAGAGACACUGUGAGGAGAAAUAAGAUGUCAAUCACUCGUAAGGGUUAAAGGGUCAAAGUAAAUAGCUAUGGGGGAUGCAGUAGGCUGACUUACAUGUAUUACUGGUUAGCACCCACGACUCUAGGUGAAAAGGUCUGGACAAUCCUGGCUCAGGUCAUGGUAAGGUGUUUUGGGGCAAGACACUUGAGCGUGAACAGUGCCUCUUUCCAUCAAGGAGCAGAAUAGGGAGAGGGAAUGACUGAACCUGGAAUAGAUUACCACACCAUCCAGAAUGGAUAAUAAUACUCCUGACCAGAGUACUUAUAAUACUUUAACUUACAGCAUCAGCUUGUUUGCCUGAGCUUUUUGACUUUUUCUUAUAUUGCAUACAGUACAUUAGCAUGAAAUGUGGAUAUUAUAAUCAUGGUUAACCCUUUAACUCCCACAAGUGACCAAGACAGAAUUUCUCCUUACAAUAUCAAUACAAUAUCAAGCAUACAACUGAUGAGAAUAAAGAAAAAUGUCAAUUAGGGGAUUAUAAGUUGAUCCAAUACCAAAUUCUCCAAACUAGCAUCACAAUAACUGUAUCGCAGACAGUAAGGAGAAUUACUAAUGAGAUCUUGGGAGUUAAAGGGUUAAUAUGGAUGUGAAUGACCUGCUGAUAAAGCUCUAGUCACCCACAUGGUUUAUGUUUGUAACUAUCUUUCCUUUCAGAAUUACACACUUGCUCCAGCUAGUGAAUUCCCAUAUGUGGAUAAAGAAACAACUUGUAGAGAUGAUCUUUUGUAAGUACUUUUGCUGCUGAAAACUUUGGUUUUUUUUAGUACACAUUGGCUGAAGUCUCCAAUUAUGAGCAAGGAAGAAAAUCAAGACUCACUAGUCUCAGGUCCUGUGUCAGCUUGUAAUAAAAUUUACAACUCAUAAGUCAUCCCUCACACCUUGUAUCAGUGCCAUAUUGAUUGAUGUUUUUUAGUUGCUUGGUUAUUUUGGAUGGAGAAGUUUUUCGAGUGGUAGAAUCACGGAAUGAAGUGAAGCAGAAUUUCUCUCAGAAAAAGGGGUAGUCAGAAUUUUCGGCCUAGAUAGUGUAUCAAGUGUCAAGAUGUUCAAGCAUCAGAACUGAAUUUGUAAUAAGUAUCUUUUGAUGCUCAUUUUAUGCAGGACUGAAAAGGGAGUGAGGAUAAAAUGCGGAUGUGCGGUGCAGAUGUGAGUUAUAAUACUUGUGAGUUUUUUUAACCGUAAAUUUUGUUUCAAUAAACAUCUUGCACUUUGAAAAUCAGGUAAAAGCAGCUGGUCCAAUAUUUUGGAUCUAUACCAAAGAUCGAGCUUCUCAGUAAAUAACUAUUUAUAACAGUAUCAUUAUUAGUUGAUUUACAAAUUUACGCGGGAAGAUUUUCGACGAGUCGGAGAGAGGUUUGCGGGGGUCUAGCCCUAAUAAUGAUUAGUGUCAGACCCCUUGCAGACCUCUCGCGUUGCUUGAGGCCUCAUACUUUACUGCAGACAAAGAAACGCUCGUGCCACCGCAGCGCUGAUAAUGAGGGCUUUCUCGCAAGCUAAGAAUAGCCGCUGCCAUUUAUGCAUAUUUCAGAGCUUUUAUUCUGACCUCAAUUUUGCCAUUAACAAUCCUAGCUUCCCUCAUAUUAUAUGGUUCCAAUCACGUUGAGACAGAUUUUGCCUGUCGCCACAAACGCCUCAAAAUUUCUGAUUGAGUGCCCUCAAGUAUGAUCUAGCCUUUUCACAUGAAUUUCUCUUAUAUUUUCAGAAAAGAAGAGAACACUAGAAUGAAGGACCUUGUUGGUCAACAUGGUCCGCUUGCUGUGAAUGUGGACGCGACCAUGUGGCACGAUUAUUUUGGUUAGUGCUGUGUAUAAAAGGUUUUCGUGCAAUUAAGAAAGGUUUGAAUUGGAGGAGAAUCGUCUUACUCUGUGUUUUACAACAGUUUGGCCUCUAAAACGACUUUUUAAAUCUGUUUGUCACAAGCAUGCGAGUAAGAAAAGAUCAAGGGAAAGGUUACUGUAAUAAGUCUGAUCAAACUGCCACAUCGGCCAGCAGGUGGCCUUUACUUAUCGGCUACUUUCAGCCGACAGUUGGUCGGUUGCUUAACGUUUCGUUGUUUGUUUAAUUUCGUAGGUGGGAUUAUACAGUAUCACUGCACAGACACAGACAUCAAUCACGCGGUGCAAAUCGUAGGAUAUGAUUUUAACGGUGCGCUGUCUGUUUUUUAUACAAAGUAUUAAAAUUAAGUCAGUUAGACGUUAUGAGCCAGUGAAACACAACAAUAAAGUUGGUAAAGGAUGAAAAUAGUCAACCAAGCGAGAUUUCUUGAGGGAGUUGGCACGCUAAUAUUUGGACUACGAGCAGUCUCUCCUAUUCGACGAAGUCUGUCACGCGAGUCAAAAAAAAAUCAGUGAGCUCGUAGAGUGAGGCACUCGCUCAAAAAGUAAGAGUUGUGAGCGCCUCUCUCCAAUUUUUUCUCACUGAUUAUUUCUGACUCGAGCGACGGACCUCGCAGAAAAUGAGAGACUGCGCGUAGUCUAGCUAAUACGAAGCCACCAUAUUUCAUGGUAUUUUUGAGAGGUUUAUGUAAGAUCUUGACCGCUACUUCACGGUGGACACUGCAUUAUCUCGAUUGGCGCAACUAAGACUUAAGGAUGUUGUGUUUUCACAGUUUGAUCUUCUUCCGGAUAUCUCAUAAAAUAUUGGUCAACCUCUCAGUUUAUGGUCAACCAAUAUUGUCCCAAGCCGCGCGGGGACAUUUAGUUAAGAGACAACGCCAGAGAGAAUAUGUUAAGAUUAGUUUUCCUUGACAAAAAUGGGAACGUCUGGAUUAUGGUUAAGCAGAUAAUUUUUGAAACAUGUUGCUUGCUAUCCCUCUUAAUUUUCUCAAGUUCUGGACUCUUACAAAAGCGUCAAAGCUUUAGUAUUCCGAUUCGGGCAAAGUUGGAACUGUUCCUCUACUUAACACUGAUUACUCGUUUCCUUCCCAAUUUUAGGCCAUAUUUGGUAUUGGAUCGUCAGAAAUUCCUGGGGAAAAGACUAUGGCGAACAAGGAUAUUUGAGAAUCAAAAUGGGCGAUAACUUGUGUGGUGAGUUCUGUUAAGCUCGUAACCGAGUACUAUUGCAACAACAGCUUAAACUAUUCGAUGUAGUCGUGUUCAUUAAAGUCGUAAAGAACACAGGACAUUGAGCACAACGUUCUUAAUGCAGCAUGAGAGCAGUCACACUAAGAAACGUUAUAUCCAAAGGCCGGGGGAGGUCGAAGAAUGCAUGGACCUUCCCCCUCCUUUCCGUAUGCAGUUGAUGUAUCAUAGAAUAGGACAUCCUGGUGUCCUCCAAAAUCCAGUUAGAAGCUGGUGUGCUCUCUGCGACCCCCCCUCCUCCCCAAUCUCUGCUAGAAAAUCUCGUCUGUCGCCGCUCCGCAACUUUGAAGGAGUAGAAAUUUUUCUCGGUUACUAAAUUGACUUUAACGAACAAAAUGGUAUUAAAAUUAUAAUAAUAAAUAGCUUCAUUUAAAGAAAAAAAUUACUCGUGUUACUUUCUUGUUGAUUUCACGUCCUUUUGUAUUUCAGGUGUAGCUGACACGCCGUCCUUUGUAGUAAUCUAAAUCCAAAACAGACAAUAGAAACUACCAUAACCCUUGACUUCCACGCAACUUUUUCCAGCGCCUAGAAUCAAGGGUUGUGUUUGGAACAAAGACGAACACGCCCCACAUGCCCCAAUAGAUAAUUUGUAAAUUGUAAAUAAUGAAAAGUUGUCGUCACAUAAGAGAGCUCUCAAAGUUCCCAUAGUAGGUACAAAGUCUUAAGCAAAAUUAUUUGUAUUGAAACAUUUUUGCGUAGAUAUUUGGAAUUUUUAUCAAAACUGACUAUAAAUGGAAAAUCUCCUGUGAGGCUUUUUAAAGUUUUCUAAACUGUGUAAAAAAUAUUUCAAGAAAUGAUUUUAUGAUUUUAUGUCAUCAUUUUUAAAUUAAAACGAUUUUCCGCAAAGUG